AUGCGUUCCUCCAUCUUCGUCACUGCGGCUCUCGCCGUUGGCGCCAUCGCCACUCCAGUGCUCAAGCGCGACCUCGUCACUGAGUACGCCUACGUUACCGUCACUCAAUACGUAACGGCUGGCGGGGAGGCUCCGGCUCCUACUUCGACUGCUGCUCCGGCGCUCACCGUGACGCGUAACCGUGGCUACUGGACUCGCCGUUCCAGGAAGUCCACAACUACUUCCGUCGCUGCUCCCGCUCCCACUUCGGAGCAGCCCACCUUCGUCACUGUUCCUACCACUACCGAAGCUCCUGCUACCUCUGAGGUCCCAGCUACUUCUGAAGCUCCCGUUACUUCCGAAACUCCGGCUACCUCUGCUGCUCCGGCCCCCACCGAGGCUCCGGCUCCUUCUGAAGCUCCAGUGACUUCCGAGGCAGCUGCCCCUGCUCCCACCUCUGGUCGUCCGACUGGCUACGCCGAUCUUGUCUUACGCCAUCACAACGUUCACCGUGCCAACCACUCCGCUCCUGCUCUUGUCUGGGACGAGAACCUCGCCGCGAUCGCACGCGAAAUCGGAAGUUCUUGCAAGUACGAGCACAACACCAAAGCCGGCGGCGGGGGGUAUGGCCAGAACAUCGCUGCUGGCGUUCGGGAGAACAACGUCACCGCUGUCAUUACUGAGUUGUUCUACAAUGGCGAAGUCAACUUCUAUGAAGGCCAGUACGGCAAGGCGGACCCAGACAUGGGCAACUUCCAUGGUUGGGGCCACUUCUCGCAGAUCGUUUGGAAGGAGACUACUGCGGUUGGCUGCCACACCUUCGACUGCUCCGCCCGCGAAGGCAAGUUGGCCAAUGUUGGUGCUAACGUCGCUCCUUUCUUUACUGUUUGCAAUUACAAGAAGCCAGGCAACUGGGGCGGACAGUACGGCAAGAACGUCGGUGCAUCCCUCAACCACCCAACUGUUCGGUGGAACUACUAG